CACAUUUUUAAAACUCAAAAAAAUCCUCGUUUUUUUUUUAAGUAAUCCCUCUUAACACUCCCUGCUCUUACACGAUAUGGGACUCUAUUAUAUUGGUGAAAUGAAACUUGGGUCGUCCUAGGACUGCAAAGUUCAGCCGAAUCCAUCCAUAUGAAUGCUUCAUUCUGAAUUCACAUCACCAGUCCACAGAGAGAGAAGCAGGCAGGCAACCAAGGAACAAACAACAACCAUUCUUUCUUUUGUUCUCUAGCUGUUGUCUCCAGCAUCCAUCCCCCCUCUCCCCUCAUUUCCAACUCUUCUUUGUAAACUUCCAUACCCAACCAUCUCCCUCACUCCUUUCCCUUUCUCACUCUGCUCAAUCGCUUUCCUCCCUUGCCCCUUCCCCUCGUCUCACCUCUGUGUCUCCUUCCACAAACUUCUGCAUUCCAUUUUGUUCGUUUCCUCCGUCGGAUUGAAGGAAAGCUGAAAAUAGAAAGCUGGAACAUCGACAUGUCGGUCAUCAGCUCCAGAGGAAGCAACGCAGCAGAGCUUCGUCUUCCCAGGAAAUGGACGGACAGAGAAGCCACUCCUGAGCGAAUCAGGGUCUGGGGUCACAACCGCUCCACCUCCAACACCGCGACUGUAGAAAAUGUUGAUAUUAUUAAGGCCGGAAACACCUGCGCCGAGAAGGAGAAUAAGAAGAAAGUCCCCGUCGUUUACUACCUCUCGAGGAAUGGACAGCUCGAGCACCCUCAUUUCAUGGAAGUCCCCCUCUCUUCUCCCGACGGCCUCAAUCUCCGAGAUGUGCUCGACCGGUUGAAUCUGCUCCGCGGGAAAGGCAUGGCUGCUCUCUACUCCUGGUCUUGUAAACGGAGCUACAAAAGCGGCUUUGUCUGGCACGAUUUGGCGGAGGGCGAUUUCAUCUACCCGGCCCACGGCAGCGAGUACGUCCUCAAAGGCUCCGAGCUUCUCGAACCGGCGCCGCUCGCCGACUCCACGGGUUCCUUCAGAUCUGUAAAGAUACCGGCCGAGAUUCAGAGCCACAAGUCGUCGUCGUCGUCCGCGUCUCCGCCGUCGAGCGACGAGGUGAAUCCUAGCCCGGCGAUCGCGCGGCGGAGGAACCAGUCCUGGAGCUCCAUCGACCUCAGCGAGUACAAGGUCUACAGAGCUGAGCCGUUCUCCCAGUCGAGCCGGAGGCUGGCGGCGGACGCGGCGACUCAGACGGAGGACAAGAGGCGGUGGAGGAGGCCGGUGAAGCUGGCGGAGGAGGAAGAGGAGGAGGAGGAAAUCGUGAGGGACCGGCGGGAGGUUGGAGUAGGGAGCAGGGAGGAGAUCGAGAUCGAGAUCUCGCCUCCGCCGUCGGAUUCCAGCCCGGAGACGCUGGAGACGCUGAUGAAAGCGGACAGGCGGCUGAUCUCGCUGGGCGGGAGGAGGAGGAGCGGUGGCGGAGCGGAGGAUUCGAAUCCGACGGCGGAGAACGGCGGGAAGGUGAAGGCGUCGACGGUCCUGAUGCAGCUGUUUGCCUGCGGGUCCAUGUCGUUCAGGGACUGCGGGGCCGCGGCGGUGAAGGAGCAAGGGCUCUCUCUGAUUGGGCAGCAGUACAAGGGGAGGCUGCCACGUGGCGCCGGGGACCACCUAGCAGGGGCAUCCAGGGAAUUUCGCAGUCCUCCUCCAGGGGUAAGACUGGAAGAUAAGGAGUAUUUUAGCGGGAGCUUGAUCGAGACGAAGAAGAAGGAAGAGAAUAUUCCUGCCGCGCUGAAGCGGUGUAAUUCCUAUAACGCUGACAGGAUGUCACAGCUGCAACUCGGGGAACAUGAGGUGGAAGGGAGAGCAGGAGGUGGUGGCGCGACCACGAAAUGCAUUCCGAGGAAGCUGCCCAAGGCAGGGGCGGCGGCGACGCCGAGUCGGAAAGAGAAGGAGAAGAUUAGCCACCAGGACGAUGGGAGUAAUAGCAGGGAGGGUGGUGGUGGAGGAGGGAGCAAGAGAUUUGAGCCGACCACCAUCCGACAAGUAGAGGAAACCCGAAAGGAUGGAAGCAAAUAGUAAAAAUGUUUGACGGCAGAUAGUCUCCUUUACACUUAAUGGAAGGGAAUGCAUGUUUUUUGCUAUAUGUACAUGACUAAAAAUGUUGCUGUUAGUGGUAGCAGUUAUAUAUAGUUCAUAUAUUAGUGGGGCCUGAAGCUGAAGACCACCAAGUUAACUUAACUGGCACGGCAGGGCGAGUAGGACAUCCAUGGUGGGAGUCUGGGAGAGGGAAUUAAGAGGGGGAAAUGCGUGCUUUUGGGAAAUCAAGAAAAAAGGGUCAAAGAAAGGAGAAGAAGAGUUAGCUUUUGUUUUAACUAUUUUCAUCGUUACGUUCUGUUUUGUGGAAGGUUGCGAAAAUGUCUGCUAGGUUGAGAUCAUGGCGCGCCUUGGUGUCUGUAGUAUUCAGAAACUAAUGCAUGGAGCAAUGUAGAAAUGUCAAAUAAUCAGGGUUGUCACGCCGGCCGGCGUGCCACCGGUUGUACCUGGUUCAACCUGUACCGGUCAUAAAACCGGUGUGACACCAUCGGUAUGACCGGCAUGAUCGAUAUACGAAUCUCUAAGUAAAAUAACCUUAUUUUAGUGACUUUAAUUGUUAAAAAUUAUUUUAUUAUUUAUUUUAUGAGUAUAAAUGUUAAAUAUUGAUGUUAUUUGUUGGAUUCAAGUAUAAAUGUUUAGGUAUUGACGUUAAAUGUCAUGUUUAAAAUGAGUAUUUAUAAUUUUAUUUGUAAUAUUGACCGGCAUGAACCGGCACAAACCGAUAUGUGUCACCGGUCGAACCAUUCCACUUGCUAAACCGACACACUGGCAUAAGACAACCUUUCAAAUAAUUAAUAGCGCCGAUCGAGCUGGAGCCUUCCUUUUCCUUCUGGUACUUAGGAAGUCGUUAUUUUGGCGCAUGCAUGCGAUGGGAACUCGAGUUUUUUUGUUGUCUCCGCGCUUAGUUUACAUUUUGGCGUUUGCUUUGUUCUAUCUCUCUUUCUAAGUUUUUAACUUUGCCGGGUUCUGCCACCGGCCACCGUCAGAGCUACCUGAUCACGAGGCUUGCAGGUUGCCCCCCGAACCCUACUCAAGGUUGUCAAACCGGUUUGUGCCAGUGUUCCGGUUUAGCAAGUGGAAUGGUUCGACCGGUGGUACAUACCGGUUUGUGCCGGUUCAUGCCGGUUAAUAUUACAAAUAAUUUACAAAUACUCAUAUUUAAGCACGACAUUUAACGUCAAUACCUAAAUAUUUGUACUUGAAUCCAACAAAUAACAUCAACAUUUAACUUUUUAACACAUAAAAUAAAUAAUAAAUGACUUUUUAUCAAAUAAAUUCACUAAUAUAAGAUCAUUUUACUUAGAGAUUCGCAUAUCGAUCAUGCCGGUCAUACCAGUGGUUUCAUACCGGUUUUAUGACCGGUACAGGUUGAACCAGGUUCAACCAGUGGCACGCCUGCCGGCGUGACAACCAUGCCCCUACUGCUUCGAGUUCGACACAUGUGAUAACCUUGUGUGUUUAAAGCAACGCCACGUUAGUUUUCUUGGUUACGUAUUGAAAAAUACGUUGUUCGGAGGGUUAAAAUUGUAGUAAGAGGGACGUUGCACCGAAGACUACUGCUGACUUUGAGGGGUCGGUUAGCAUGCUAACCCCCCUUAGGGGUUAGAAAAAUGACACCCCUAGUAUAUUAAAUACAACUAUAGAAUUUAAUACACACAUUAAAUACAUAUUAGGAAUUAAAUAUACCAUAUUAAUUAGGAAUUCUCUCACUAUUAAAUACACAUUAGGAAUUAAAUACACACAUUAAAUACACAUUAGGAAUUCUCUCACUAUAUUUGAUUUUUCCUUUUUCAGCAGUCUCCGACCACCAGACUUCCUCCGACCGCCACACUUCUCCGGUGAAAAUCCCAUCGGCAGACUCCCUCCGACCACCUCCAAAAAAUAUACCACUGCACUGAUACGGUGUACCACUGUACUGGUAGAUAUACCACUACACUGAUACGUUGUACCACUGUACUGGUAGAUAUACCACUGCACUGGUAGCGAUAUCAGUGCACUGGUAGCAAUGUCAUAUCUGAGUAUCAGUGCAGUGGUACAAAUACCAGUAAAGUGGUAAUUAAUGUGGUGUAUUUAAUGCUUACUUUGUAUUUAAUAAGAGAAAAUUUAUUAUGUUUACUUUCAUUAAUACUUGUCAAUAAUUAAUGAAAAAUUGACCAAUUAAAAGGGGGUGUCAAAAAACCAACCCCUUAAGGGGUUAGCAUGCUAACCCGUUAAGGGGUUAGUAGGCUAAAUUAACGGUCAUUUUCUGACCGAAGGCCUCCUCAUUCUUUGUAUCCAUCCCAUCAAUAUUAACGGUCAGUCGGUCACACUAAAUUCCGAGCCAAUUUGACACGUUUUUUCUCAAAAUUCGGACAAAAUUUUAUAGUUUGAAAGAAGAGGCCAAAAUUGUCUGUUAUAUCAUAGUUCAGAUCAAAUCAGGGUAAUAUCGAUCUCCAUGACGUGGAAGCCAUCACGCAGCCGCGUCAGCAUUAUAUGAUGAUGUUCUAGACAGAGGAAAUAAUUGACUAUCAAUAUUAAUGCACAACUUAAAUUUGGGGCCAAAUUUUGAUAAUUUUUUUUUAAAAUUCGGACAAAAGUCAAAACUAUCUUAUUUGACAGCUUUGAACAAACAAAAUUAUCAUUUAGGUCGCAGUUCAAUCCAAAUUGAGGUGUUAUCCGUAAUUAAAUGGCCAUUCCUACCAAAAUGUUGUGUUUAAAAGGGUCGGGUUUUCACUACCUCGCCCAGCACAGAAAGUCAACAAUUGAGUGCAACUUUUGGGCCCAAAGCAAGGGCCCGUUUAGCUCGCCAAGGAGGUCGGCCCAUGUCGGUAGGUAGAUGGGGUGGCCGAGCGAGGUGGGCUCCUUUUGGGAGGAAGUAAAGAGGGAGAAUUAGUUGGGCUAAGAGGAUUUUCUUGCAUCAGACGAGGAAAUAAUGCGGGCCAAUUGGCUAAAAGAAAGUAAGAAACUAUGGGAAUGUCAACACGGUUGGACUUGGAGUUCCUCUUAGUUAGUGGUGGGAUUCGGUCGGUAAACAAUUUACCGUUUACCGAUACCGGUUUCGGUAUACCGAAGUUAACCAAAGUGGUUACCAAUUACCGAUACCGGUUUGUAACCGGUUUACCGAUUACCGAAUUACCGGUAAACGGUUACAAACCGGUAUUACCGAAAUAUCGUGAGAAGCGAUUUCGGGCGGUUUUUCGGUCGAUUUACCGAAUAUUUACCGAACCGAAUUUCUGGAAGUGGGGUGAUGUUGUAAUAUUUUGAUUUUUUUUAGUUUUUUUCAUCAUUUUUAUAAUUAAUAAUUUAUUAUUAACUCUUAUUUACAAUAUUUUUGAGGCCUAUACUUACAUUCAUGUAUGUAAUAUUUUAUAUUUUUGGGGGUAAAGAAACAAAACGCAGCGCAACACUAGGGAGUAGGGAGGGGGAAUUCGGUAUCGGUAAUACCGAUUUACCGUCGGUAUUUACCGAUACCGUGUCCGGUAAACCGACUCCCCCAACUUCCCGCUCGGCUGCCGAUACCGCCGGUAAACGGUUUACCGUUUACCGUCGGUUACAAGUUCGGUAAAAUGGUAAACCGUUUAUCACCCUACUCUUAGUCCUGGCCUACGUACUAUACUACUAUGCAGGGCUGCUAACAAAAGCUUCCGGCUCAGUGUUCACUUUGUGCAAAUUAUAAAUUGAGAGAUAUAUAUAUUUAAAUUAUAACGCAGCACAAUUAUGAUGUCUAGUCUAACCGGUCCAUCAAUCAAUUUUUUUUUUUUUGACAAAAGACAUUGGAUUUCCAUUACCUGUGGCACAAGCUAGUCAUUACAGUAAGGGAGCAACUACAUCAAGAAUUUGUAACCAUUGAGAUGGUAACUGAUUUCUAGCACAUGAUCUAGCAAACCAAUUAGCCUUGAAGUUGUUCUUUCGAUUAAAGUGUUGCAGCUUGAUGGACGGGUUCUCCUCAAGAAUACUCUUGAUGUUGCCCAGCCUUGCUGCCGCUGGCCACGACCAUGACUUUGGGUCGCUCUGGACUGCCUUCACCAGCUGCAAGCAAUCUGAUUUCAGCAGGCAGGGAGCUCUGAGGGAAACUGCUAACCGGGAACCCUCCAACAGGGCUAAGGCUUCUGCUUCAAGUGGGGAAAAACAAUGCAUGGGCUCAGCUUUACCAUCACAAACUUGACCAUGGCUAUUCGAUACAACGACGCCAUAUGCCGCCUUCUGGGGCUCGUCAAAGAACGAGCCAUCGUAGUGUACUUCAAAGUGAUGAGUACCUGGCGGUGGUGAAGAGUGUUGCUGGGGUGAAAUGAGCUGAGGCGGUGGGAGACCUUCAGAAACUCUCCUUGGGCACGUGGUCCAUUGUAGAUGGGCUGACGCCGCCCUCGUGAUCGUGGAUGGUGGCCAUGGCUUCGUAUCCCUAAAGAUCUUCUCAUUCCUAGUUUUCCAUGUCUGCCAACCGAGGAAAAUGAUCUUCUGAAUCGCUAUGAUUGGAUAGCUCUGUCGAAGGGAAUCGAGCCAUUCCAGGAAAGAAGAGAGUGGUGCAGGUUGAGGCAGGGAAGGACACUCUUGGUUCCAUCCCUCCGCCGCGUGGGGGCAGUCAAAUAAGCAGUGGUGGACUGAUUCCGUCGAGAAUCCACAGAUCGGGCAAGCCUUUGAGGUGGCACAUUUCCUCGCAAAUAGGUUUUCUUUUGAAGCCAAAGCCCCUCUCGUAACCUUCCACACGAAGAAUUUAAGCUUCAGAGGGAUAGAAAGGCUCCAUAACCACUUCCAUCUUUUCCUGCUUGCCUCCGAAAACUCCUCGGUUCGUCCUCUGUCAUUUCUGGUAUGAAAAUGGAAUUGGGUGAAAGCAGACUUCACCGUGAAAUUUCCUUGAUCAGUGAACCUCCAUGCCCAAAAGUCCUCCAGUGAGUCCGGCCCAAUAGGGAUCACUGCCACCUGCUUCAGGUCCUGUUGACUAAGGAAAACCGCUAGCAAGUCGAAUUUCCAUUCCCUCGAAAUCUCAUCGAUCCAACUGUCUGCUGUAGAGUUGUCGUUCCAUUCAAACUGGAGGAGGGGGCCUGCCCUAUCAAAUCUCCAGGGGUCAUGGAAGAUCCUCGUUGUUUUGCCAUUGCCAAUCACUCGGAUCAACCCUUAUCGCAUCCACUUUUUCGCUUCACAAAUACUGGACCAGAUCCAAGAAGCUCUGCUGCCAUUUUUUGCAUUUAGGAAAUCCGAGUUGGGGAAAUAAAUACUCUUCAGUACUUAAACCCACAAGGCAUCCUUGUUGGUGAGUAUUCUCCAAGCUUGCUUGGCCAGAAGUGCAAGAUUGAAAGUAUGGAAAGGACGGAACCCGAGUCCCCCCCUCCUCUUUAGGUGCGUAUAAAACUUGUCCUGCUCUCCAAUGAAUCGUUUUCUUUGUCAUGGAUCCUCCCCAGAAGAAAGAUUUGAGCAUGGAAUCCAUUUUCUUUGUUGUACUCUUUGGCAGUAGGAACAGGCUCAUGAUGUAGGAUGGGACCGCUUGGAAUACCGCUUUGAGCAAAACUUCUUUCCCUCCCGGGAACAGGAGGAGGCUCUUCCAGGCUUCCCCUUUAGAUUCCAUGCGUUGGAGGAGGAAGUGAAAUGUUUCUUUCUUUGAUCUGCCCCAUUCGGUCGGCACUCCCAGAUAGUUGGAGUGGCAUGAAGUGGGUGCAAAACCGUCCAUCAAGAAUUAUUGAUGUGUAUUACAAGAAGGAUAAAAGGCUAAUUUUUAUUAAAUACUAUAAUUUCAGUUUAUUAUUAUUACUACUGUCUUAGAAGUAAUUUAAAGGUAUUAUAUGCUAAAUCAAAGAUAUAUCAUAAGCUCCCUCUGUAUAAUGGAUAAAUUAAAUACAGAAAAACAACAACCAUAACAACAUAUAUGGAUUAAUUGUCUAGGGAUCGUUGGGAGAAUAUGAGUUUAAAUCUAUAGAUAGUCAACAAUCUAAAGAUUUUAACUCUUCGGAUUGUUGAAAAUAAAUUUUAAAAUGUUUAUUGUUUGGUAAUUGUGAUUGUUAACAUUCAAUAAAAAUAAAAAAAUUAAUUUUAUAUUAAAUAACAUGUUUAUCCUUACUAAAAAAUUAGACUGGUUCGAGAAAAUAUUUAAAAAUUUAUUGACAAAUAUAUUUAAUAUGAUAAAUAAAAUAAAAUAAAAAGAAAAAAAUCUUACAAAUUAAGAUAUAGAAUCUCUCUAAUUAUGAGAGAUUUGAUAUCCGUAAAAUUUAGAGAUUUGAUAUCUCUAAAACUAAAAUCUACAAUACAAAAAGCAAUAAAAAAACACAACUUUUUAUGAAAUCUACCGAUUCAAUGAAUUCACGUCCUAAAAUCUCAAUCUCCAAAACGACCCAAUUGUAUGCCAUCCAUUUUUGUAUCAUCAUUCGUUGAACGUCCUUUUCUUAUUUCUUCAUCAUAUGAUCAAUUAUUUCGCUUUUUCCACCCCAAUUUAAAGAAAAAAAACAAACCCAAUUAAUUCUUACCCAGUCCGCUAACCAAGUUGCUGGCUUUAGAUUAGCUUAGCUACCUCCAUUGUCUAAAACAAAAACGCACCCCUCAAAUCAAACUAUUCAUUCAAGCUUUCUCCUUCUCAUCCCUUCCGUCUCUCGUUCACUGCUUAUUUCUCUCUGUCCUUGUUUUUCUUUCGGUUCUUAUUUGUUUGCAUGCUUCAAAGGAGCACUCAAUAGACACACACUACUCUCUCUCUUUCUGCGGGAGACGCACACUCCAACUCCGCACUGCAACUAACUUUGUCGCUUUGGCUUCAAAUAGUCGAAAUAUUUUUCCUUCCCAAGUAUUUGCAUGUCACGACUGCCCAGCUCCUCCUUCCUCCAUUGCCUCGACCUGGUGGUAUCUCUCUCUCUCUCUCUCUCUCUCUCUCUCUCUCUCUCUCUCUCUCUCUCUCGUCAAACUGACUUUUUGCGGUAAGUUUCCUUCCCUUUCCUCUUCUAUUCAUUCCUUCUCUUUUGUUCCUUGUUAUGUAUUCAGCCUUCUGCUCUGUGUCUCGCGCCUAUCUUUCAAAUGGGUAAUUUUCCUUGCCUCUUCGUAAUCAUGUUCGCUUGCUCUAUUUGUUCUGAUGGGGGUGUGGAGGCAGUGAGUUGGGUUGUGUAGACUCGGCCGAGUUUUGAACAAGUUCUCAAUUUGGGUUUCUGUGCCGUUCGUUGGUGGAGAGGAGGGACGAAUAUGGGACCCAUAAGAGGGAACAGAAAGAGGAAAAGAGGCGAUAAGAAGAGCGACGAGAAUGGCUAUGGUUCAGCAGCUUCUGAAUGCUCUUUGGAUUGGUGGGAUGACUUCUCCAGAAGGCUUCGUGGUUUGUUCUUCUUCUAUCUUCACCCUACAGUAGCCUCCAGAAUAUAAUUAUGUUGUUCUUGCCAAGCUCUCUAUUUGUUUUUUGGUAUUUUCUUGCUGUGUGUAUAUUAUAUAAUGAUCUGUUGCCUGCUGGUAUCGUAGUAUUUUCUGCUGCUAAUCCAGCUCGGGGCUGUAAAAUUUUUGCUUCUGCAUAUUUCACUAUGUUCUGCAGCUUUGACAUUUUCAUUUGGGAGCAUGUAUAGGCUUUUAUGUCAAAUGUAGGGUUUUAUAUUUGCGUAGCUCAUCUUUGGAUCUGGAAUUUGAUUCAGAUAAUGCAUUUGACUGACAUUAUUAUUGCAAUAAUCCGGGAUGCUGUACGUAUUCUCUUUGCUUAUGCUCCUUCUUGGACAAAAAAUGGGUGGGUGUUCCUUUUAGUUGGGAGAUAGCAAAUUGUAGUGUUUAAAAUAAUGUAGGAUCGGAGCAAUUAGGAAUGUAAUUACAGUGGGGUGGGUAAUUGAGGAAUGUCUUCGGCGAGAAAUGGGGUGAAGGGAUAACAAGAGAUAUCUGUACUCAUAAGCAUUCCCCUGUUUGAAGUCUAGAUGGGGAAUUUCUGUUACAUAUGUUAACACCUGAUUCUUGCAAAUGCUGGAUUCUAGCUCACUUGUCUAGUAUUUAUCAUCAUAUUAACAUCCUUAGCUUCUGUACUUGUAAUCUCUGAGUUAAGCUUUCAGAGUAGCGAAAUGGGUUUGUAACACUUUGAAUUAGACACUGGUGAACAUACUCCAGAUACCCAUUUUUGGAUCAUAGAUUAAGACAUCAUGCUUAAGAUAUUUGCAGCAUGUCAAGGCAGUGUUAUCAGAACUGAACAUUAGGUUGAACAUUCUCACACAGACUUUUCUACAUUGUUCUUUUAAGGUGUAGUGAAGAGGGUCAUGAUAUUGCAUUUAUAAUAGUUUCUAUAACUUCGAUUUUAGUAGUUCCCUGUGUUUAGUAGUUGAUGUUUCUGGUAGAUUCCCGCCUUUGAUGUGAAUGUGACGGUUGAGCCUGCCGAUGUAGUACCUUAUGGUUCCAUUUGCUGUUACCA